GCGCAAUUAUAAACUAAGUGGACAGGUUUACUGACUAUAAUGUGGAAAAGGAUCGAUAAACUGAAGAGAAUGGAAAAUCUAGACUAGGUCUUAUCUCUUUCGCCCAGCUAACCGCGCUAGCCUAAUUUGAACUCGUAUCGGGUUUAUCGAUUAGUUGUUUCCGUCCGCGAGUGUCACUCAGGACAAAUGCAGGGAAGUUUCAAGAUUCAACUGAUUAACAUGGGGACACGGGCGGCUGCCUAGUUCGCUGCGGCAUUUUGCGUAGUGAAAGCUUUUUAUGUGUUCCUAAUGCAGACCACCCAGCCAUACGAAAUGCAGCUUGCCUUGGAGCCUCUGAAUCAGAAAGUCACUGCGAAGAUCCGCAGCCUUUAUGACUGCCAACUUCGUCUGAUGCACAACAUUCAGCCGCUACCAUCUGGUAUUGACAUAGCGAAUACUGUUAAAUACUUCUCGCAGACAUUGCUCAGUGUACUGAAAGAUGUGCCGAAGUCACCUCUCGAAAUGAUGAGAGAUGCGGAUAAUGAUGCAGAACGUAUGGGCCUGUACCCUAAUUUGGAUUACAAGGGGCUGUUCAAUGCGAUCUCCCAGCUAGUUGAUUCAGCACCACAUUUGCAGUAUGGUGUCCAAGCGUUCGGCCAAGCUGUCCUCCAAUGCCUGGGUUGCCUGAUGCCGUUCCUUGAGUAUGACAUGAUCGACAAUCUCCCAUAUUUAGUGGCCUACUGCUUCGCCAUGUUCCCUGCCAACCUUCACCAGGAUAUAUUGCAUUUGCUGUGUUAUUAUAUACUACCAUUUACAAUAACACGACGCUACGCUGGCAUGGAAGAAGAAAGCGAGGCGUCACAGUCUGUGGGAGCUGUUAUCAUGAUGGUCUUUCAGCACUCUACUAACCCUGCCCACCACUGCCAACUCCUAGAAUGCCUUAUGUCAAUGAAGCAGUCGGUAGUAAAGGACGUACUAUGUGUGAUCGCGUACGGCACUUGCGGGGCGCGUUUGUCUGCAGCCAAAUUACUCUUCUACUACUGGCCACCGUUUGAUGCGAAGCUUUUUGACAGGAAGGGGCUGCUGUGCAAGUUUUCCAAUGACCUGGUGGCGUUCCUAUGCCAGCGUGACAUGUGUCCCAACGCGGGAUGCGCAGAAGCAGCCAAAGUGUGCUACGAUCAUUGCAUCAGCGUGACGUUUGCUUCUGACACGCCGCCGCCAUUGUACCUUUGCAUCGAGUGCGCUAAUGAGAUACAUCGGGAACACCCAAAUCAAAGAUUCUUUGAUAUACUGCAUCCGCAACAGCAAGUCUCCAUGGUGUGCGAGAAUAAGAAUUGCAGAUCAACAGACAAAGCAGCAUAUUCCAUUUGUUUCUCAAACGAAUGCGCGAGUUACAACGGAAAUCAUCCUAUCAGAUACUGCCAGCAAUGCCAUGGCAACCGCCACAACAGCCGUCGUGGUGGAGAUCACGUGCUUCACACUCGGCUACCUCCUGCUUGGCAGAUGGACAGUGAUAUGCAGACUAAUCUUGUCGAAGCUAUCAUAAGCUUACUCAAAGAAGCGAAACCAAUCAAUAUGGAGGAUCCUGAUAGUUCAGCGGAAUUGAAUAAAUCUCCGCUGAGUGUCCAGUUGCCUGACCCCAUCUCAGUUGAAGAUCGCCAACUGCUUGGAAGAUAUGGAGUAUGGCUAAUGGUAGGCCUUUGCACGCCUAACCCGGACACACCUGACGAAGUAUUGGGGAGAUUGCUUUCUGUGCUUUUUCACUGGUUUCACGUAACGUCCUUUUCAUACUCGGGUGAAAUAGCUCACACAGUAGAAAAGCUGAAAUGGGAGUAUGUAUGCGCGUGGGUCCGUGCGUUAGGCGAAUGCAGACGAAGGGUAUUAGUAUCAUGUUUGCUGCCACAUCCGCCACACCAUAUACGACAUGCGGGGCAUUGGGACACAUUGGCGUCAAGAGCUCAUCAUUUAAGGGACGGGCUUAAUCGAUUAUAUUGCUUGGUUCCAUACGGUAUCAUUACUCAAUCAAUCUGGGACCAGAUUAUGCCCGCUUGGAUGGAGGCAAUUUGCACUGAUGUACCGGAAAAGGAAUUACUAGAACUGAAAGUUCCAGUCGCAAAGAUAUUGGAAACAGAUGGCAGUGCAGUGAGCGGAGAUGAAAUCAAUUUAUACAAUUUUGCAAAGAUCAAAGUCUCAGACAAACCACGACCGGAUACUGUAUUGACGGUCCUUGAAUGGUUUCAGACAAUAUCAUUACUAGAAGUGAAGAUACCGCUGUCAAACCUUUUCGAGUUGUUCAGCCACUGCGUUAUUAAUCUACCGGAGAAAGUUUUUAAACCUCAACCAGAAAGUACAAAAGCAAAAGAAGGCGAAACAAACGACUCGCCGCCGGACGAUAAAAAUGACGAUGAAAUGAAACCUCAGAAUUUGACUUGCUGCAUUCUUAUGUUGGAUAUAUUGCUUAAACAGUUGGAGCUUCAACAGCACCGUAUUAACAUUCAAAAUGUAAGCAGUGAGGCGACCAAACUUCUGCGACUAAUGCUUAAAUCUAAUCAGAUCAACACUAUUGAACAUUCGGUUUGUGGUCUGGGUGUCUCUUGCGGGUACUGCAGUGCGGCGGCGCUCUGCCAUCAACUUGCCGUUCGCCUUGUCCGAGCUCUGCUACCCCGGUAUGAACAUGCCGCUCCUGGCCUGGAGCCCAUGGCGGAAGAGUCGUGGUCUGAAAAGCGGUCCACGGAUGAAGACGCCCGGCGACCUGCACCUCCUACUCAGCAGCAUCCCGCGGAGAGAUCGUCUCUUGGCGGAGUACUGUCCCAUAUGCCCCAUUUUGUUCAUUUCAUGCAACUGUCGUUAAUAAGCGACGUCGGUUCGGAUGCCUCUCUCACUAAGUCGUCUGGCGACACACAAAUAAUGACGGCGACCGUGGAGACGAUAACUGAACAGUUGGAUAUGGCCGUCUCGCUCCCUCCUACGGAACAGCCACCCGUGGCUAUAGCUCACUCUGUCACACUUACUGAUACAGAUGUCGCUACUGCUACAGCAAAUGUAUCCACACCAAAUCUUUUAGGGGAGCACGAAGCGGAGUCCGUUGAUGACGAUAUCACAAAUUUCUGGCCGACCUCAGCUGGCCGGUUCCACUUCUGCAUUGACGAAUUGCCACAAGAGCUGCAAUACAUACACCAGUUGCUACAGGAGCUUAAGAACACAACUCGACCGGAUGUGCUAUACUACCUCCUGCAAUGUCUGCAAGUGCUGGUGUUGAACACUGACGCAUUGGCUGAACAUAAAGGCUUUCUUAUUUGGUGCCAAGAAAAUCUUCUUAUUGACAAUCUUUGGAGCGUUUGUGACGCGGCGCAAUCCCACAUAUGCUCGGUCGCUGUACCGGUGUUGCUCCAUUGCGUGACGUUGCCUGGAGGGGCUGAUGUAUUAUGUGCGCUCGUGAGGGACAGCUUCCAUCACCAUGAUGAGCAGAAACGGUUUAUAGCUGUCGAGAGAGUCACUAUGCUUAUACGUUUUAUGGAUGGAUCACCUAUUAAGUCCAGUCUUCCAUUGCAAACGGCUUUAGCCACAGCCUUCUGCUAUUUAAUAUCUAGUAUGGAUGACAUCAACGUAUACGUGGCGCAGCGUGCAACUCUCUAUAUCGGUACAAUACACGAUAAUGCUAUUGAGCUGUUACUCUAUUGUCUCGAAGCCCAAUUCGAUCUGGUGAUAGUAGAUCGGCCGAUGAUCCUCCAGUCUAUAUACCAACUACACAACACACUAAGCGACAGACGAAUUCUCACCUGGGAGUUCUUCUUGAAUCGCUUUGAGGCUUUGUUUUUAGAAGCUCAAAUCAAUACAAAUAAAACUGUUGAUUUUUCGAAUUUAAGGGAGUUCGUGAGCAGCUCAACAAGUUCUGAAUGGUUUUUAUACAAAGUCCGACGAGCGCACGAAGCCCUCAGCGCAGCGGCGCGUUCGCCUGCAGCGCACGCGUACGCACCGACUACGCACGCGCGCUCGCUGUCUGCGUCCUUCGGGGCUAAGUGGCCUUAUAAACGGACUAUUAGUGCACCAGCCGCUGUUCCUCCGCAACCAGCUGAGCGCGAGAAGAUUUACUCACGUCAAUACUCGGCGCCGCUACUGAAGCGCAAAACAUCGCGGUUUGGUUUGGGUCAGUUGCUGCCGACGCCCCAACAGGCGUCAUCGCAGAAGACUAACAGUGCUCAUGAUGAGUCAGCCUCGGCGAUGCCCAAAACCGUCGAUUUGGAGGAGGCCGAUAAGGAAACCACAAAUCUACUGGUUUUUCUACUGAUGCAGUUUUUAUCACGAUCAGACCAAGCACAUCCGACAGAUGAGAAAACAAAUAACAACAAGACGCAGGAUUUGGUGCUCAAACACUUGUUCUUGCUGCUCGGGUACAACUGCAUCGAGAAGUACUUCACUAUCUCACCACAAACUUUGAGGAUGUCGUCUAUAUUUAAUGCGUUCAUGGCAAAUCUUCCACAAGUAUUGGAUCAGAACUAUAUGAUGGGUGCGAGUAUUGCUGAACCCACUCUACUUUUGCUACAGUACUGCUGCCGACCUUCAAUAAACAGUGCAAAUCUUGGAGGCAUCGGAAUGGAAGCAACCGGUCCGCCUGUCACCCACUCUUUGGAAGCGUUGCAGCCUCAUGUCAGGAGACACUGGUUGAUGGCGCUCUUGGUUGUAUUGUAUAAGUACCACUACAGCAACGGGACCAUCUGCUCUCUAAGCAGCUGGUUAGUGCGAGUGGUGCUGAACUGCGUGGAAGCGCAGCAUCAUCGCUGCAGGCGACUGCCUCCGCCGCAUCACCGUCUGCCUCCACCCGUGUGUAUGGAGACGCGCGAGCCGCUAGCGAAGCCCGAAGAACCAAGUUUGACACAGAAAUCACCCGCACAUUGGAAUGAACCGCCUGAACCAGCCAAAUACAAGCAAUGGAGCAUAGAACAGGAAUCAUCUGAGAGCGAGUUAAUCGCGAUUCCUGAAACCAGCGAUAAGUCGGAUACAACAGUACAUGGCAGCACUGCGCCAGGAUCUUUCGAUGAGCCAUCCCACUACGAAGAUACACCAAAAGUUGAUUCUCAAACAAUUAUAACUUAUCCAACAUUGAAUAGAAUCCCUCCCAUAGGAUCUCGUUCUGCUCAUCAGCUGUCUACAAGCUCUUCUGUGUCAAUUGGCAGUGACUCUUCGAACCUCAAGUCAACGCCCAUGAGCGGUCAAUCAGUGGAGAUAUGGCCAGACCAGUUUCACCAGACGUCUCCACGCGCUAAAAUACUAGGAAAGCAGAAGCGAAUUGUCGCGGCAGGCAGCAGUACAUCGCCGGAUACCGUUCCGUCCUCUAACGGCGAUCAAGUAAAUCCGCAACUACUCAAAAGCCCUGGUAUAGCGUACGCAUCCCCGGAGUCCCCCCUAUCGAAGAUGGAAGUCUCUUGGGCGCCAACUUCCGCACAUACUCCAUUAACGCAUACAUACCAUAUACCCACACCCGCACCAGAAAGAUUACUACCUAUAGGACCUAAACCUAACAAGGAACAGUACCCAGUGUUCAACGCUUUGGUUGAUCGAGUGAGAGAGGCUCUUCAUAUUCAUGAAGAAUCUCUCCAAACGGACUCGAGCCAAACCGACCAAGAAGCGACUCCCACUCCAACAUCACGUCCACAUGAUUUGACCAAAGGGCUCUCAACAGACAAUACUAGGUCUCCCAGACGCUUAGCCCGUCAGGUAGCACAGUUGGACUCGCCAGUGCUUCACACGCCGCCCCCGACGCCUCAACGUACUAAACCACGAACACAAUCUUCUGAGAGUGGAGUCUUCAGCGGAGGAUGGUGGAGUGAUUCGACUAAAGCAGCCAGAAGAGCCGCGCAUGCCUAUACAACACCAUACCGACCUGAAGCCAUUCUUAAGCAUAGAUGUUCUGAAUGUGGCGGCUCGGUACAACAGUACAGUGACGAAGAACUAGGAUUGUGCGUGAUCGUGCUCGGUACGUUCGUACGUCGCGAGCCCGCGGCUGCAGCGCCGAUGUUGCCCGCACUGUUGCAUACUGUGACCAGAGUGGUCCAACUUGGCAACUACUCGUGGCAGACAGAGACGAAUACGCGUCUCCCGGGAAGUGCGGUGUUUGUGGCACAUCAGUUCUUGCGCUGCGUAUUGCAUCAGUUGGCGCCUAAUAAUGUCUUUUUACAAGUGUUUUUGCAGCGGACCCCAGAAAAACAACGAAGAACCUUCUUCAAAAGCGUAGCGCUCUCGUUCGUGGACUUCAACGAACUGUACCCAUGUGGGCCCUUGCAAUUGGUCAUCGAACAUUUGAACUCUAAGAAGAGCUUACCUAUUGAUCAAAUGCCAACAAUAAUGGGUAACAUGGCGCUAUAUUUGGAAAGUUUAGCGCCCGAAGCGCUCGGCCCUCCAAGCGCUUGCAGUGCUGUUCUCAGCGCUUUAGAUACAUUAAUACGUGGUGUAGUACUUCAGUUGCCGCAAAUGGAUGAUGUUCUGCCGUCGCUUAAAUUAUGUACAGCCGCUUUAAGAAUACCGGCGGCGGCUCAACACAAGAGCCUCCUGGAGCCAAUGUCCAAAAUUUUAAGUUAUGGAGUACAAAAUUUCGUCCUCCGCCUAUCUUUGCUGUGCGAGCUGUGUGCGGCUUGUAUGAGGGCCUUUGGUCGCGACCGAGAUAAGCUGUUGCUCUGCCGAGUGCUGGUGUACGAGCUGGUGCAAGCCUUGAGGACCAAAACCACCAUACCCGACGACAAUCUGUUUAUUCUCAUACAGUUUGUUCUACAAGGUCACGGCUGUACUCUUCUACUUCCACCUCAGCUGAAGACAGGUGAUCUUUUAUCCGGGGGCCUGGAAGCUAGGGAAUUGGGAGCGGGCCCUGUUGACUGCAUGAGACCACAUCUGCCAGACAUGAUCGACUUACUACACGAUCCUAACCUCAUGAAUAAGAUCAAGGGCUCUGUAUCUAAAUCAAUAGUGAACCGCAACCUGAUAUGCCUGAACGAAGACACCCUGGGUGCAAUAAUCAAGGGAGGAAUAGCGCAGUACGUGGCCAUGGAGCUGGCUCUGGAACAGCGGGGAGGAAAGCAGGAGAGGGGACAGGCCAGCCGGCACCUCAUGCCCCCGCUCACUGCGUCCCCUACUGGAUCGCGUGAAGUGGCAGAGUGCGUUGGCCGUAUACGUGUGGCGUCUUGGCUCGUACUCGGUGCGUUGACCAACGCACGGGAUGGUGCGCCGCUGCACGCCCCCUUGCCUCUUGACGCCACUUGUAACCUCACAGAUCAUAUACAGAUAAUAAUGUCGUCUCACGCCGAGCAAGGCCGCUCUAGCUGGGUUUGGGCGGCAUUAGCAGCUUGUCAGCUUUGGACCCUAUACUUGGAAAGGGCGGGCGGCCCGCCCCAUUCGGAGCUGCAUCACACGGCAGCUGCCUUACUGCUGCACUUCUGGUGCAAGCUGGUACCUACGUUGUUGCAACUAACGCACGCAUCUAAAAUGUUGGCUGAAACUGUUAAUUUACACUUCCUGAGUCUUCUGGAGUCGUUACUGGAGUGUAACUCGACGUUGCUCAACAAACUACUACCACUGUGGACGCCCCUACUACAGUCACCACUGUUUAACAUGCCGCGUCAUAUAGAGCAACGUCUGGAGAAAUGUCGCGAGCUGCAACCGGAUGUGGUGGCAGGAGGGGGUGUGGCCGGAAGUGGCCCUGCGCACACGUUGCCCGCGAGGGAACAUCGUCGCUUGUACAGGCUUCUCUCCAAGAUGGCUCAGCUUGAACAGCAACCGCAUUCUUUCUACUUUAUUUAAACAUGUUUAUAUUUUGAUCCAAGGUUCUAGCGACACCAUCAGCACUAUUUCCUUGUUGAAGUGAAACUUCUUUAGAAUCGUUGUGAUUUCAAACCGGAUGCAACG